CGGCUCUGCAAAUGCCCCCGGGUUUAGGGAGGUUUUGGGGCUGAAGAAAAAUGGCAGCUUCCGUCGCCGGAAGAUCCGCAUUCCUCCGCGCCAUCUCGAGAGCCACGGCGAGGACAGCUAGCUCGACGCUCCGAGGAACGGUUUCCGCAUCGCCUCGUCCUUCGGGUUGUCCCCGUUUCGCGCUUCCUCGGACUCGGAUUUCUCCUCCCCUGUCGUUCAGGUUGAUGCGGCGGGAGCUGAGCUCCCUCCUUCCCGUCCACAGCGCCAUCGCUUCCGCUUGCCUUGUUUCGAAGCUCCCCAGCGAGGUCAACUCUUCCGCUGAAGGUAGGUUCGCUAACUAUCUGAGUCCCAUCUGAAGUUGGUGCCUGCUCAAAACGUAGAGAAUGGCUCUCACUUCUUCGGAGCUGCUGGGUAAUUCAUUCGGCGGUCGGAAUAGGCUUCCCAAGAUUUUAUCUGUUCAUUCAACCAUUACUUUCAUAUUAGAGGGAUUUUGUUUUUUCUGUAGCAUUCUGUAUGGUGAGGAUGGAUUGGAAUUUUGUUUUUCCCAAAUAAAUACCAUAUGAGAUAUGUAAGUACACUGCGAGAAUCAAUGGGCAGUACUAAUGACUCGUUUAUAA